ACAUAGGGAAAAGAGUUUGGAGAGGGCAUUACACACACACACUACACAAAAAUGGAUGGUUUUGAACUCCUAGAGGAGAUAAAUAGACAAAAGAUGGAAUCGAUGUACCACGAAGUAGUCGGGAAAGAAGUCGAUAUGUCCGGCGAGGAUGAUAAAUCCAUAAUCCCACAAUUUUUUGCUUUGCAAAACAUCAAUCCAAAAUCUCCACAGCCAAAAACUGCACCAUAUCUACGCUAUGUACCAAAUGAUGAUAAAUUUGAAGGACUCCUCCACUUCUCUGGCAAAAACGUCCUGAGUCCGUUUUCAAAGUUCGAAUCGGAGGUCUCCGAAAACGACCCCAAACUAUUCCACAUAAAAUGUUGUUACAACAACAAAUACUGGGUCCGUCGCUCCGACGAAUCCGACUACAUUCUAGCAACUGCCACCAAGAAAGAAGAGGACAAAUCGAAAUGGACGUGCACGUUGUUCGAGCCAAUUUACGACAGCGACAAUAAAGCUUUCCGCUUUAUCCAUGUGCAGGAAAAUUUAGAGCUGUUUCGGGCCGGGCAUUACGACUACUACCAAGAUGCCCUUUUGGCCAAGGAGAGUCCUGCAACACUUUUUGUGCGGGAGGAUGGUGUAUUCACCACAGUUAUUGAUUGGAGUUCGUUAUUUAUAUUUCCAAAACAUGUCACCUUUAAAGGCUACAAUGGCAAGUACUUGAAAUUUUUCGGUAACUUUUUGCAAUUCUCUGGUACGGAUCUUGAACAUCCAUCCCUUAUCCAUGAGAUCUUCCCUCAGAAUGAUGGAACUGUUCGUAUAAAAAAUGUGGGAUCCAGAAAGUUCUGGAUUCGUGACACUAAUUGGAUUCUUGCCACAGCUGGAGAAGGAAGCAGUGAGGACCCGAACACAUUUUUUCAGCCUGUGAAACUGGGUGAUAACAUCGUGGCUCUUCGCAACUUGGGCAACAAUCACUUCUGCACCAGUCUGUCCGUGGACAGAAAGACGGAUUGUUUGAAUGCUAACGACUCAAAUCCUACUAAAGAGGCCCGAAUGGAAGUUUCAGAGGCUGUAAUAUCAAGCAAAAUAGAGAACAUUGAAUAUCGGCUUGAAGAUGCCAAAAUCUAUGGAGAGAGAGUUUGGUCAAUGGCCAAAGGAGAUGCCAUUAACAAAACCAAAGCAGCGGAUACUCUCCAAUUCACAUUCUCCUUUGAAGACAAAAGGAAGAAGAAUUGGACCAACACAAUUGCUACCAAAUUUGGAGUCACUAGAGAAUUUACUGCUGGGGUUCCAUUGAUAGGAGACGCCAAAGUUCAGUUGAAAUUUGAAGUUGGUGGAUCAUACUCAUGGGGAGAAACUCAUAAAGAUAAAAUUUUAAUGACUUGUAGUAGCACAAUCACCGUACCUCCGAUGUCGAAAGUGAAGAUCGACGUCGUUGUCAAACGGGGCUUUUGCAACGUCCCUUAUUCGUAUACUCAGACUGACACUCUUCGAGAUGGACAACAGACCACCCAUGAGUACGAGGAUGGAGUUUUCUCCGGCGUUAAUUCGUACCAGUUUCAUAUAAGGACCGAUAAGGUAGCACUGCCUUUGUGAAAAGGUUAGUUGUUGGUGUUGUGUCUCGUGUGAUUGAGUUUAUUAGUAUAUGUGGUAAAGAAUAAUGCUUCGAGUACACCAAAUGAUUUGGAGUUUGUCAUGUGUGUUAGUAUGUUUGGAGUGUGAUUCUUGUAAUAUUGAGUUUUAAUUAUCAAUUCAGUUUUCAAUUUGGACUUUCUAUUUAGUCAAACCUUUAAUAAAAGAGUUACUUCCAUAUUCUUCA